AUGGAGACUGAUGGUGAUCAGUUUCAUGUCUACCGCAGAAAGUUCCCACCAAACUCAUCCAACUCUGCUCUCACUUUGGGUUCCCGCUCCUCCAACCCCAUCAACACCAUGGCCGGCGAGGGCCAACAGCAGGGUCGGCGGGAGCAGGAGCAUUAUAUGCCCAUGGCACAUUUGACACGCGUCAUGCGUCGUGUCCUCCCUGCCCAUGCUCAGAUCUCCGACCAGGCAAAGGAAAGCAUCCAGGAAUGCGUUUGCGAGUUCAUUAGCUUCAUAACUAGUGAGGCUAAUGACAGGAGCCACCAUGAGCUGCGGAAAACCAUCACCGGUGAGGACAUCAUAGCUGCUAUGGGGAAGCUUGGGUUUGACGACUACAUUGAGCCCCUCACUCUGUACCUACAUCGCUACCGCCAGGCAGAGAAUGAGCGUGACGGCCGUCUGCCUCUUGGGGGUGCCAUGGACUAUGCUUCCCUUGGUGCCACACUGAGUUAUGGGCCACCACUCCCGCCGCCGCCGCCCCAGACUUUGAACAUGGGGAACCUAGAGGGGUUGCAAGAUGCUGCUGCUAUAGUUACUCAUAACUACUUCAAGGAAGAGGCGGGUGGUGCCGGCGGUAGCACCUCUUCUAGGUACCCUCGCGAAGACAAGUAA